UACAGUGCCAGGCCACCUCAGAAGCCGUGGGGGUGGUGGGAAGGUGGGUCGUUAGGUAAGCUUCCGGACGUAUGGCCGUGGAUGCAGAGGGGAGGCAUCUCAGGGAUCAGGGUGCAGAACAAUGUGUCUUUUUCUCUCCGGGACUCCGCCCCUCGCCCUGGUCUCUCCAGCUCCUCCCGGACGUCUAGUCUAGGAGCUAGUUCCCAGUACUUGGAGCUGGCAUGCAGAACGUUGGGUCCCUGGCGAUGCGGGGUCGCUUGGCGUGCCUGCUGGCCCCUCUGCGAAGGCCUCCGGCGCGUUGUCCACUCGGAGCGAGGGCGAAGGCUGUGGACUCAGCUGCACUUUCCACAGCGCUGACUACGGAUCCAGGCACCGUGUCCUCCUCCGCUGGGCCUGGUGACCGGCCACUGCGCAGUCCAGAAGAGCUUCCAGGGCCGAGCCGGUUGCGUAAUUUUUUCCAACUGUUGGUGCAAGGCAAUGUCUUUCACUUGCACGAACUUCAGGUGACUUUAAAGGCCAAGUAUGGGCCAAUAUGGAAGACAGAUAUAGGCCCUUAUAAGCACGUGAAUCUGGCCAGUCCAUCAUUGAUGGAGCAGCUGAUGAGACAGGAGGGGCAGUACCCUAUGCGUGAUGACAUGGCUCUCUGGAAGGCACACCGUGAUAUUCGAGGACUGAACUAUGGGCCCUUCACCAUGCAAGGGGAACAAUGGUACCAGCUUCGUCAGGCUCUGAAUCCCCGGAUGCUGAAGCCAUCUGAUGCUGCCCUCUAUACAGAUUCCCUGAAUGAUGUAGGGGACAUGCUGGUUCGAGCAGAAGAAAUCAAGGCAAAGAGCCCCUCAGGGGACCAGGUGUCUAAUGUUGCUCAACUCUUCUACCUCUUUGCCUUGGAAGCUAUUUCAUACAUCCUGUUUGAGAAGCGAAUUGGAUGCCUGAAGCCCAUCCCACCUGAUACAGAGAUCUUCAUAAAGUCUGUGGAGUUCAUGUUCAAGAACUCUGUCUUUGCUACUUUCCUGCCAGAGUGGACCCGGCCCUUCCUUCCUUUUUGGGAUCGUUAUUUGGAAGGCUGGGACAACAUCUUCUCUUUUGGGAAGAAGAUGAUUGAACAAAAGCUCAAGGAGGUGGAGGCUGAGCUGAAGGAUGGGAAUUCUGACAAGGUCCAGGUGUCUGGCUACCUUCAUUUUCUGCUCUCCUCUGGACAGCUCAGUCCCGAUGAGGCCAUGGGCAGCUUGGCUGAAUUGCUCUUAGCUGGAGUGGACACGAGUGCCAACACAUUGACUUGGGCCCUUUACCACCUGGCUCAGGAUCCAGAGAUCCAGGAAGCCCUGUACAAGGAGGUGGUGGGGGUGGUGCCUCCUGGGAAGAUACCGCAAUACAAGGACUUCGCCCACAUGCCGCUGCUCAAAGCAGUGCUUAAAGAGACUCUUCGCCUCUAUCCUGUUAUCCCCAUAAACUCGAGAAUCAACACAGAGAAGGAAGUUGUAGUAGGAGACUUUCUCUUCCCCAAGAAUACCCAGUUUGUGUUGUGUCACUUUGUAAUGUCCCGGGACCCAGACAACUUCCCAUCUCCCACAAAGUUUCUGCCACGGCGAUGGCUACGGAAAAACCAGAUUGGGUCUGCGGGAGGCAACCAUGCCUUUGGCACCUUACCCUUUGGUUAUGGGGUCCGAUCCUGUCUGGGCCGUCGAGUCGCUGAGCUUGAGAUGAAUUUGGUGCUGUCAAGGAUGGUCCAGCAAUACGAGAUAUCUCUAGCUCCUGGAAUGCAGAAAGUGUACCCUUUGGCACGAAUCGUCUUGGUGCCUGACAAGCUAGUUAACCUGUGCUUCCAGAAGAGGCACCCCUGAAUCAUGGGGCACCUUCUUGUUCUUAACUAGCCAGAUUCCUUUCUCUGCUAUGAGACGAGCCCAGACCUUAGCUCCUGCUGUGUAUUUAGCAUGCUUUGCCAGUCCUAAUUGUAAUGCCCCCUUACCUGAAAGACACAUGAUGAGCACAGGGUACCUCCCGAAGAUCAGGAAGACCAAACUCUUGGGUUCUACUUUGUUGGUGCCUGCUCAUAUCUCCCUUCUUUCAUGUCCUUGGUCCAUGAAAACGCAACUAAUAAGUUGACUUUCAAUGAUGCUGGAAUCUGUCUGCUUAUAACGUGUCUCAAUCCUCCCCCUUCUGCUUUCCCUCUCCUCUCCUCUGUAGGUCUGGUGAUAAUAACAAUAUGUUACAUUGGCAUAAAUAUAGCAGUUACUUUUUGGCCUCACUA